CACAGGGCCACAGUGUGCCUGCCCUAGGAGACUGUUACACACCGCUCAGCAGAGACAAGAUGAAUCUUCCAGUCCUGCCCUCCAUUCUGCUGCUCGUCAUCUCUACUGUCCAUGCCUUCCAGUACACAGAGCUUGCACAGUACAUUGACAGCCAUCAAGAAGAAUAUGUGGAGGCUCUGCGGGACUGGGUUGCAAUCGAAAGUGACUCCAGCAACGUCUUGAAGAGACCAGACCUACACCGCAUGAUGGAGAUGGUGGCUCAGAAGCUGAGGCUGAUGGGAGGGACUGUAGAGCUGGUGGACGUCGGAGAACAAGAACUUCCUGAUGGACAGAUGUUAGCGUUGCCUAAAGUGGUGACAGCUCAGUUUGGCAAUGACACAAACAAACACACCGUGUGUGUCUACGGUCAUGUGGACGUCCAGCCAGCAAGGCUCGAGGACGGCUGGGCAACAGAUCCCUACAACCUGACUGACAUCAAUGGUAACCUGUAUGGAAGAGGAGCAUCAGACAACAAGGCCCCAGUUUUAGCCUGGAUCCAUGCUGUGGAGGCUUACCAGGCCCUCAAUAUGGAGCUGCCAGUAAAUGUCAAGUUUGUCAUUGAGGGUAUGGAGGAGACGGGCUCUAACGGCCUGGACGCCAUGAUCCUGGCCCAGAGAGACACCUUCUUCUCCGACAUAGAUUACAUCAUCAUCUCAGACUGCGGCUGGCUCAGCAGACGGCCUGCCCUCACCUACGGCACCAGAGGCAACUGCUACUUCUUUGCUGAGGUUGAAGGACCCAAACAGGACUUACAUUCUGGUGUUUAUGGAGGCGCUGUGAUCGAACCAAUGGUCGACCUCAUUGGCAUUCUUGACACGCUGAUCGACCCCAGCGGUAAGAUCCUGAUUCCUGGGAUCAGGGAGGCCGUGGCUCCCCUCUCUGAUGAGGAAUGGAAAAUGUAUCAGGACAUUGAGUUUGACAUCGACGACUACAAGAACAAGAUCGGUGUCACCCAGCUCAUGUACAACAAUAAGGUGGACUUGUUGGCCCACAGCUGGCGCUACCCCACUGUCUCCAUCCAUGGCAUUGAGGGCGCCUUCUCUGACCCCGGUACAAAGACCGUCAUCCCUGCUAAGGUCACUGCUAAGUUCUCCAUCAGACAAGUUCCCAACAUGGACCCUGCUAUGGUCAAGAAACAGGUAACAGACUACCUUCACUCAGUGUUUGCCAAGCGCAAGAGUCCUAAUAAGCUGAAAGUCACCAUGGUGAUCGGGGCCAGGCCUUGGCUGGCUGACACUCAGCAUCCUCUCUAUGAGGCUGGGAAGGCCGCUGUCAAGAGAGUUUUCAACAUGGAGCCUGAUCUGAUCCGUGAGGGCGGGACCAUCCCUAUCGCCAGAACCUUCCAGGAUGUGACGGGGAAAAGCAUCAUCAUGUUGCCCAUCGGAGGCUUUGAUGACGGGAUGCACUCCCAGAAUGAGAAAAUGAGCCGGUACAACUAUAUUGAGGGAACCAAGUUAUUCAUCUCCUACCUGCAUGAAGUGUCUCAGAUGAAGAAGACCAGUGUGUGAUGAUUCAUCGCAUUAUUAAAUGACCUGCUGAACCAUUUCAGCUACUACAGAGAGCUCUCCCUGACACAAGCCUGGUUUUAUAUUUUCACUGUGCCUUUAUCUGUCUUUCAUCAUUGUUUCUGUUGUGAGUGAAUGUAAUGGCAUGUGAGACUACGUCUGAUUGGUCGAAAUGUCUGAAUUCAUCUCAUGUUGCUUUUCUUUUCUUGUCACUGACUUUAUCACAGAGAACUUUAAAUGUGCGUAUCAUGUAGUAAAAGCUGUGCAAUGCCAAAAAAAGGAAAAAAAAGAAAUAAAAUAUAAAUAAAAAACUCUAUUGUCA